UCUGACCGACAAGCGCACGGCGCGCCACGGAAUGCGCAGAAGCGUCCGACUCUCCGCUGGAUGAGGGCGCGCGGUCAAGCCAUGGGUCCCCCUUCUUCAUCUUUGAGUUCUUAAUGCAUUGUGAUGUCAAAGUCUUAGAGACCCCUGGAAACCCUUUGAAUUCGUCAUACGGCAACGUCUGUGCUGGAAUAAACUCUCAGCUGGUGAAUACCUCUCUCUUCGGAUGGAUGAUUUGGUCAGAUUCCUCCUUCAUCGUGAUGCGCGCUCAUUUUGUGUCCAUGUGUCUUACUGACUGACCGCGGAUACAUUUUUGGACGUGGGCUGACGGCAGGAAAGAAAAAUGACAGCUCUCAUCCCAGUGCUGUUCCUGCUCUGCAGUGUCUCAGUGUCUCUGACUCUGAAGGUGGUGUCUAAAAGAGGCUCAGUGGACGGUUGCACUGAUUGGUCCGUGGACUAUCUGAAAUACCGAGUAUUACACGGGGAGCCAGUGCGGAUAAAGUGUGCUCUGUUUUAUGGUUAUAUCAGAGCCAAUUACAGCCAGGCCCAGAGCAUUGGACUAAGUCUGAUGUGGUACCGGAGUUCUGGGCUGGGUCAUGGUGACUUCGAGGAACCCAUCUCCUUUGACGGGGUACGCAUGAGCAAGGAGGAAGACGCUAUCUGGUUUCGACCAGCCGAGCUGCAGGACGGUGGUCUUUAUUCCUGCGUGCUGAGGAAUUCCACGUUUUGUAUGAAGGUGUCAAUGACUUUGUUGGUUGCUGAUAAUGACACAGCAGGCUGUUAUAACUCAAAACUGCGCUACAGUGAGAAAGCAGAACUGGGCAAGAGUAAAGACAUCACCUGUCCUGAUAUCCAGGAUUAUAUUCAGCCUGGAGAAAAGCCGCAGAUAACGUGGUACAAGGAGUGUAAUGUGCAGCAGUGGAGGAGCAGUGUACUACAGACUGCAGACACACUCUCCAUACAGGAAGUGAGGGAGGAUGACAUUGGCAACUACACCUGUGAACUUGUUUUCGGAGGGUUCCAGGUGCGGAGGACGACCGACAUGAGCGUGACAGCAAUGAAUCUUCUUCAUGGUCAGCAGUCGGAGAGACAAAGUAGGAAUUGGAUGGUACACAGCCUGAUCACAGCUCCUGUGACUGAAGAGCCCCCCAGGAUUCUGUUCCCCCCUGAAAACAAGCUCCUCAUAAUGGACAUGCAGCUCGGAAGCAUGCUGAACUUGACAUGCAAAGCUUUCUUCGGGUACAGUGGUGACAUCAGUCCACUUGUUUACUGGAUGAAGGGCGAGAAGUUCAUUGAGGACAUGGACCAGAGUCGCAUUCGAGAGAGUGAAAUAAAGACCAUCAGAGAGCACCUGGGUGAACAGGAAGUGUCCAUUACUCUGACCAUAGAUUCACUGGAGGAAGGAGAUCUGGGUAAUUAUUCUUGUUAUGCAGAAAACGGCAAUGGGAGACGACAAGCCAGCGUACAGAUCGGAAAACGAGUAGAGCUGAUGUACACUGUGGAGUUGGCUGGUGGGUUGGGUGCGAUUCUGCUGCUGUUGGCCUUGUUAUUGUCUUUAUAUAAGUGUUACAGGAUUGAGCUGCUGCUCUGCUACAGACAUCAUUUUGGAGGGGAGGACACAGACGGAGAUAAUAAAGAGUAUGACGCGUACCUUUCCUACAGUAAGGUGGAACUGGAUCAGUGGGGUCAGGAAUUACAGGAGGAGGAGCGCUUUGCUCUUGAGAUCCUCCCGGAUGUCCUGGAGAAACAUUACGGCUACAAACUCUUCAUCCCGGAUCGAGAUCUAAUCCCUACCAGCAGUAUGAGCAGUGAACAUUACCAGGAUGACACACAUCUUCUUAGAGCAUACAUAGAGGAUGUAUCCCGCUGUGUAGAGUUGAGCAAACGUCUGAUCAUCGUUCUGACCCCGAGCUAUGUGCUGCGCCGCGGAUGGAGUAUAUUUGAGCUGGAGUCUCGUCUGCGCAACUCUCUGGUUUCAGGGGACAUUAAAGUGAUCUUAAUUGAGUGUGCUGAUCUGCGAGGAGUUAUUAACUACCAGGAUGUGGAGGAGUUAAAACAAACCAUUAAAUGCCUGAGUAUGGUGCAGUGGAACGGCCCGCAGAGCAACAAGCCUGGCUCACGUUUCUGGAAGCAGCUCCGCUAUACCAUGCCCUACCGCCGCCCCCAGCAAACCCUCAGCAACCACGCACUGGACACCAGCGAACCUGGACCCUUCGCCGACCUGCAGACCGUCUCUGCCAUCUCCAUGGCAACAGCAACAUCUGCUGCCAUGGCACCAGCUCACCCCGAGCUGCGCCCAUCCCUGCGGAGCUCGUACCGCUCGCAUUCGCUGGCACGCCAGAAACACUCGCACUACCGCAGCUAUGACUAUGAGCUGCCCUUCACGGCCGGAGGCACGCUGCCACCGCAGCACACCUACUGCAACCUCCCCCUCACCCUCCUCAAUGGGCAACGGCCUGUCAACAACAAGACCCUGCGACAACACAGCCUGGAUGAGCACCACGGCAACAAUGCAAUGCUCCCACUGCUGCCUCGAGAGACGAGCAUCUCCAGCGUUAUCUGGUAAUACCAAGAGCAAGACAGUGAACAUACCCAGUUUGGGUUGAUGUAGCCUGGCUCACUGGAGACUAAAUAAGAUGAUGUCACUGGCAUAAAGCACAGGACACACUGGGUUCUUGUGAGCAAAAUGAUCAUUCUGUCUGCGGUAAGUGGGUUUGAGGAUGUGUUAGCCACUAAAUCUUCUUUUGGGCAUUGCUCCAGAAGUAAGGGAUUACAUAGUGCCAUACCAGUCUUAUCUAGCUGGGACUGUAUGCGUGAACUGUCUGGUCACACCACACAGAGGUAUACAGGGUCUUGUGUAAAUGUUAGCGUUAUAUUUGUAGCACCACUGUCAUCCUGUCUCCAUGUUUAGUUUGAUCAUGCCAUCUUUAUUUUUAACACUCAAUGCUUUUUUAUUUUAUUUUUUUAUUUUUUUAUUUUUUUUAGGUUUGACAUGGAUAUUUGAUUGAGAUUUGUUUUGUUGUUAUCUACCUUUUUUUAAAUGGACUGAAAAUAUUCCUUGUUUGAUUCUACUAAUGUCAUUUUACUCAAAGUUACUGCCUUUUUCCAUUUCUGUUUCUGUUGUCCAAUGCAAGGUAUGUAUUUAUGGUUUUAAAUUGCUAAAUUUUAAAGAAGGAAAUAUAUCACAAAUUAUGCAAAAUAUAUGAAAGCCUAAAGGGGUUUGAUAGAGGUGGUCAGAGAGCGGUGCCGUAUUCUUUCAGCAGAUGUGCAAGAGGAACAGCACCCUUUCCUAAAUACUGGAGGGGAUUUUAAAUGACAAGAAAUCUAUUUUUAUAACUGAAGAGUGCUGUUUCUCUCUAAUACCACGGGGUCACUGUAACAAUGGGAUUGAGGACUCUUGUUUGUAAAUUUGGGAAUUUUCUACAGUUUGUUACAUUGUUCUCAUCAGUGGUGGGGGGGAUGGCGGGUGUUUAAUGUUAUGAAACAAUAAUCAAUUGCAUUUUCAUGUUUGUUUUUUUUUAUUGUAUUUUUUUAUGUUGAUUACUAUCUUUCAUUUAUUGAUGGUUUAGUAUUUUUGACCCACCAACAGACCUUUUCAUCUUUCACAUUUCUAAUCUGUUUAACUCUCAGUCUGAUGUCAUAACUCACAGGUUACAUGCUUGUCUUUUUCUCCUCUAGCUGCUGUGUAACUCAGAUACAUGCGGGCAUGUUUCAUAGAGGAACACAGACCCGUAGACUUGCAUUCUAGUAUACAGUGUAAAAAAAAUAAAUAAAAAAAAUAAAAAAAUGACAUACUAAUUUAAUACAUACUAUAUGAUUUCAUAAAUUCCCAAAGUAAAUGCUAUAUAUUUGUUAUUUCUUGCCUAAUGGCAGCAUGUAAUGACACUAAAGGGGAAAAACACAAAGCAAGAAAUAUCAUUGUCUGAAUAAAGAGGUUUGACAGUAAGAGGUCUAACUGUAAAAAAAAAAAAAAAAAAAUCUGAAAUUAUUCUUGUAAUUUCAUUUCUGUCUUUCUUUGUUUUGUUUUUAUUUUUACAAAUUCAUUUGAAGAAAAAAAAAAUUAUGAAAUAAUUAGAAUUAUGUAUGAAUGUUUACCUCCAAGUAUGCAUAGAGACUAGUUGUGUAUCCUGGUUUGAAUAUUUACUGUAUUAUGAACAACAGCUAUCACAGAGAGAAUGUGUAAUCUCUCUAGAGGCACAAUCAUUUUUCUUUUUAUAUUGUUUCUCACUGUGUACAGCAGUCACAAACCACUAGAAACUGAUCAGUGAAAUUGUGUGUUUGCAACACACAAGGUUUUAACAAUAAAACAGGUAAGUUGCUAAAAUAGAAUAUCCCAAUUAUGCUCUUGAGAGUCGAACAGGCAAAAAUAUUUUCAUCAAACUUGUUCAGUGGUAUAUGAAUUCACCUCCUCUAAAUAAAAAAAAAGCU